CUGUUUCUAACAUGCUUGCAGUCACACAGCCGCGUCGUGGCGGGCGCCCACGUGGCGGCCGCACCAACCCUCAGGGAGGGGGUGGAGGUGGCGGUUGUGGGGGCAGCGGAGCCGGCGGCGGUGGUGGCGGGGUCGAGGGUGGCAGCAGUGGUGGUGGUGGCGGCAGUGGUGGCUCAUCUGGUAGCCGUGGUGACAUUUACGACCCAGCUGUCCCUGACUCCCCUGCUCACUCUGCCUCAUCGCACCAGCAGCAGCAGCAGCAGCAGCAGCAGCAGCAGCAGCAGCAGCAGCAGCAGCAGCAGCAGCAGCAGCAGCAGCAGCAGCAGCAGCAGAAGGAGCAGCAGCAGCAGCAGCAACAGCAGCAGCAGCAGGUGCAGCAGCAGCAGCGGAUGGAGCAGCAGCAGCAGCAGCAGGAGGUGCAGCAGCGGAUGGAGCAGCAGCAGCAGCAGCAACCGCAGGCAGUGCAGCAACAGCAGCCGCAGCAGGAGGUGCAGCAGCAGCACCAGCAGCAGCCACAGCAGCAGCAGCAGCAGCAGCAGCCACUGCAGCAACCUCAUCGGCAUCGCCGCACCACCUCUCCCACAACAUAAUAACUAGAAUGAAGGAUACAAGAUGGU